AUGACCAGGAAAAGAAGGAACAAUGGUUCCAAAAAGGGCCACGGCUUCAUGCAGCCUAUUCGCUGCACCCACUGUGCCCGCUGUGUGCCCAAGGACAAGGCCAUUAAGAAGUUCAUCGUUCGGAAUAUGGUAGAGGCCGCAGCCAUCAGGGACAUUUCUGAAGCAAGUGUUUCUGACGCCUACUUGCUUCCCAAGCUGUAUGUGAAACUACAUUACCGUGUGAGUUGUGCCAUUCACAGCAAGGUAGUCAGUAAUCACUCUCCAGAAGCCUGGAAAAACAGAACACCUCCACCCCAAUUUAGACCUGCGGGUGCUGCUCCACGUCCUCCACCAAAGCCCAUGUAA